AUGACCAUGGCGAACACGACCGUGAGGGGGUCCAAGCGCAUUGCGCGCCAUGUUUCCCUUGCUAGAGUCAGUCCUAAAUGUGGAGAACGUUGCUGGGCGCCUCCUGGACGGUGGGACGUGGCGGACUUCAUGCGGUUCCACUUGGUGUGCAAGUUGUGGAUGAAAGGCAGUGGAACCAAGAAGCCCCAUGAGCUCGGUGAACCCAUCAUCGACCAUCGCUUCCACCCUCAAUGGUGGAUCCUUAUGACGGAGCCAACGCCUGAGGCCACGCCCACGCGUCGCAAGCUGCUCAGCGUCACCACCCGGAAGAUCAUCAUGGUCGAUUUGCCGAAGCUCGAUGGCCACGCCGUUCUCCCAGGUCUCGAUGCGGCAUCGGAGGGCAUGCUAGUGGACGACAAUGUGGCGGACUUCACGUGGUUCCGCCUGGUGUGCAAGCUAUGGAUGGCCGGCAGCGGCACCGAGAAGCCCUGUGAGCUUGGUGAACAUGUCAUCGACCACUGCUUCCACCCUCGCCUAUGGAUCCUACUGAUGGAUACGUACCACAAUAUGCUCAACAUGGCCACAAGGAAGAUCAUUAUGGUCGAUCUGCUGGAGCUCGAUGGCCACGCCAUGGUCCUGGGACUCAACACGGCGCUAGAGGGCAUGCUAGUGGUGCGCGAGGAGAGGACUCUUGUCAUGUGCCUCAAGUUCCUCACCCAUCACAUCGUUGACCACCCGACGCUGAGGACGCUGUAG